UUUAACUGGCGACAAACAUGGCACCGAGCCGUGCUCCCGACGUGUAUGAUCGCUCUCGGUGUUUAAUGACUCCACUCGUGAUCGCGCUAGUUUCGCUCAUCUGUUCGAGUGCAGCGAGUGAAAGUGAUGCAUCUUUUCCCGUGCCCAAAUAUUUGGACUACAAUGAGACCACAACUUUCUUGCACAAUCUCGCUAGCAAGCAUCGGUCGCUAGCGUCUGUUUACAGCAUCGGCAAGAGUGUGCAGGGGCGCGAGCUAUGGGUGCUGAAAAUCACCACCGAUCCCAACGUACGGAGCAUCGGCAAGCCUCUGUUCAGGUACACGGCCAACAUCCACGGCAACGAGGCCCUGGGGCGCCAGCUGCUCUUGUUUCUCGCGGAGUACAUGUUGGAAAACUACGGCAACGACAGCCGCAUCACGCGACUCGUCAACAACACCGAAUUGCAUUUCUGCCCAUCGCUUAACCCGGAUGGAUACGCAAAUGCGAGCGAAGGUGACUGCGAGGGAGCCAGUCGAGACUCGGGUCGCUUUAACAGCCAUAUUGUGGACCUGAAUGCCAACUUCCCGGUAUCGAAAACCGAUUUGACAAAGAUGACAGUGGGCAGAGAGCCGGAGACGUUAGCAAUCAUGAAAUGGUCGGUUCUGAAUCCUUUCGUGCUUUCGGCGAGUCUGCACGGCGGAUUGGUCGUUGUCGUGUACCCGUACGACUAUCGCUCGCCCGAUGCGCCGAUGGACAGCCCCAACCUGACCCCCGAUGACGACGUGUUUCGACAUCUGGCAAGUACCUACGCCAGGAAACACAGUGACAUGUUUCGAAGCCCCCAGUGUCAGGAGUAUUUUGACGGCGGCAUCACCAACGGCGCCGAAUGGAUCCCCGUUUCAGGGAGCAUGCAAGAUUUCAGCUACAUCUACACAAACUGCUACGAGGUCACCCUAGAGAUAUCCUGUUGCAAGUAUCCAAUGGCAAACACGCUUGUCAGCGAAUGGGAGAAAAACAAAAAUGCCCUCUUGAGCUACAUGGAACAGGUUCACAUGGGUGUAAAAGGAGUGGUCAAAGAAUUCCGCACGGGCAAGGCCAUCGCUAGAGCUACAGUCAUCGUGCAAGGCAUCGAUCACAAUGUAACGACCACAGAACGAGGAGAGUUCUGGAGGCUUCUGCUUCCUGGCCAAUAUUCGCUCCUUGUUUCCAGUCCAGGGUAUGAGAGCACUGUGAGACGCAAUAUCACUGUGAUGACUGGAGCUGCGACAUGGGUUGAUGUGGUUCUGACACCUGUGCCGACCAGCAAGCCUCCAAAACAGUACGCUCCUCUCGAUACGGACUUUGUGUUCUCCACAAAACCCGAGUUCAAGCACCACAGCCAAGAGGAACUGGUUGCCAUCUUCACCAAUGUUACCGAGAGAUGCCCUGCCAUCACUCGACUCUUCAGCAUUGGCAAAUCUGUGGAGGACAGAGAUCUCUACUUCCUCGAGUUUAGUGACAAUCCUGGUCACCACGAACCGGGUGAACCUGAGUUCAAGUAUGUUGCGAAUAUUCACGGAAAUGAGGUGAUUGGUCGUGAAGCUGUACUGCUGCUGGCACAACUCCUUUGUGAGCAGUACGGCAAGUCUCGGCGCUUGACAACCCUCGUGAACAACACACGUAUCUUCCUAAUGGCGUCAAUGAACCCCGAUGGCUAUGAAAAGGCCAACGUCGGCGACUACAACAGUGUGGUGGGCCGAUUCAAUGCUCACAAUGUGGACCUGAAUCGCAACUUCCCCGAUCAGUAUCAGCCUGAGAAGGCACAUCAUCCACGAGAGCCCGAGACGAGGGCCAUGAUGAACUUCAUAGUGGCGCGGCCCAUAGUGCUGUCGGCCAGUCUUCAUGGAGGUGCUCUGGUCGCAAACUACCCCUACGAUGGCAACAAAGAGAAAGUGGAGCGUAUCUACAGUGCCACGCCAGAUGACUCCCUCUUCCGGUACCUGGCUCGCACCUACGCCCGGGCUCAUCCAACCAUGAGUCUUGGAAAGCCUUGUCCUAAAGGACCAAUGGAUGAUGCAUUCAAAGAUGGAAUCACUAAUGGUGCAGCAUGGUACAAUGUCUAUGGUGGAAUGCAAGACUUCAAUUAUCUGCAUAGCAACAGUUAUGAGCUAACAAUUGAAAUGGGCUGCUACAAGUAUCCACCUGCUUCUGACUUGCCAAAAUAUUGGGAUGAACACAAGCACGCACUUGUGACCUUCAUGGAGAAGGUUCACCAGGGUGUGAAGGGAUUCGUAAAGGACGAGGACGGGCUGCCGGUGCCAAAUGCCACAAUCCACGUCCUUGGCAUUCAUCACGAUGUACACUCAGCCGUGGACGGAGACUUCUGGCGUCUGCUGAUGCCUGCGACCUACUCUGUCCGAGCUUACGUCGAUGGGGUAUGCUUUCCGCUGCCUGUACAACGGGUGACCGUUUUGGAAGGCAAUGCAACUUGGGUAAAUUUCACCGUUGACCGCCGUUAUGCCAAGUGGUCAAGGGAGCACGACUUCCUUAUUGGUGAAAAUGGAGAACCCAAGUACCUGGGUGCUGAUGAACUUGCCAACCUGCUGAUGCAGCUGCGUCAGAACUACUCUGACAUUGUUGAAGUCAAGGACAGCUUUGGCCCACCUGGUGAAACUGCGCUGCAGUUUCUGCGUAUAACUGUGCCGAGCAAGAAAAUGAAGCCAGAAGUUGUCCUCAUUGGAGGUCUCAAUGGAGGACGCCCUGCAGGAAGGGAGAUGUUGAUACGCCUAGCCAGGCACCUUGUCACAGGUAACAUCUCGUGGUCUCAGCGCAUAGUGGACCUUCUGGAGAAAGUGGUGGUGCACAUUGUGCCCUCGGUGGACAAGGCAGGCUUCAGCCACACCGAGGAGGGCAUCUGUGACUCUGAACCGUCGGAAGAGUUAAAUAUGGAGGACCACUUCAGCAGCGAGUUCACGGGCCAGUUCCCCAUUGUGGAAGCCGUCAAGAGCCUGGGUGUGUCGCACUACGUGGCAGGCCUUGUUCUCGAUACUGGAGGUGUUGGUGUCAGAAUUGCGCUGAAUGAAACGAAUAGUGGCCUGCUGGACAACAUGACCAUGGAUGGCCUCAUAGCUGGCUUCCAGAAAAGGCUUGAUCAGUCCAAGUGCAGAAAAGAGCUGAGACCUGUUCAAGAUGGCUCCUUGCUCCAGUAUGCCUACAACAAACAUGGGACUUUAAUGGCAUCUGUGCUAUUGGAUUGCUGUGACUUCCCUACCAGAAAGGAAAUUCCCAAGCUUUGGAUGCGCACGCUGCACCCUCUUCUUGAGUUCUUGGAGGCUGCUAAGACAAGCGUCCAUGGCAGUGUUACCGACGAGUACGGAACAACACUCACAAAGGCGACUGUUGGCGUACAUACGAGUAAACGUCCUAUCGAAACGACCAGUGGUGCUUUCUGCCUUGCUGUUCCUCCCGGAAAGGUGGUGCUCACAGCGUCUGCAAGUGAGUUUGAGAUGAGGGUGGAGCGGGUGACGGUGUUGGCGGGCGAGGGGACCAGCCUCGUGCUGGUACUUGAGCCGGACACAUACGAGCACAAGUACCACAGCUACACCGAGGCCCUGCAGCUGCUCAGAUACAUUGCCCACAAGUAUCCCAACACCACCUACCUCUACAGCCUGGGCAGCAGUGCGGGCGGGCGGGACCUGCCUGCACUGGUGCUGGGUGCUACCCCCCGGGUGCACCGGCCAGGUGUCCCCGAGAUCCGGCUGCAGGCCGGCCUGGCUGGGGGCCUCCAGCUGGCAGCCACCGAGAUGCUCCUCCACUUGGCCCACACACUGGCCACCCGCUACAAGCACAACAGCCUUGUCACGCAGAUUAUGGCAUCUGCCAGAAUUCACAUUGCUCCAAUGCUUGAUCCUGAUGGCAUCACCAACUCAUCUAUUGGAAAGUGUGAUGCAAAUGAAUCCACCCUUAGUGGCAGCAGUUUGUUCUUUAUGUUUGAUGGGAGCAGUUCACGUCCGGAGGUUCGAGCUGUGCAACAGUGGACAGAUCGGUACCACUUCGUCACCUCGCUCAAUGUAUUGACUGGCGGCUUGGCACUGGCACUGCCCAAAGGUGCUGGUGCCAUCGACAUGGCAGUGCUCAGAAGACUGGCCAAGACUUAUGCAUACCACAAUGACGACAUGCUUAACGGGGCUUUUGCCUGUGCCAAUAAGCAGACAAACACAUCCGAUGGAAUUUUGUCCGAUUCUGCGGACCUAGGACAGCUCAAUGGUUCUGUGAUGGACUUCAGCUACAGAAAUAGUGGAACCUAUGAGACAGCAGCCUUCAUUACUUGCUGUCCAGCACCUAACUCAGCGAGGUUCUCUGCUCUAUGGGUUCAGAACAAGCAGUCAAUACUCAACUACCUGCUCCAGGCCACACAGGGGCUGGUAGGUUAUGUGCGCACAAAGAGCCGCGAUCCCAUUCCUGGCGCCAACAUCAGUAUUGAGGGCCAGCCAUUGCACAGACCAAGUACCAAGCUGGGCGAGUUCUGGGUACCGCUGGGAGAGGGAAGCUACCAGGUGGUGAUCAGUGCACCUGACUUUUACACCAUGACCAAGAUCGUGGAAGUCUACGCCGGUCGUAGCACUACAGUCGAGUUCCUCCUGCAAGAGAACGUAGUGAUUGCUGGCCUGCCAAAGCACGUGUUUGUUGUUCUUACAGGUUCUCUGGUGCUGCUGCUGAUGGUGAGUGCGCUCUGCCUGUACACUGUGGUGAUGAGCCAGCGGCAGCCCGAAAGGGCUGGCUUCAUGCCUGUGCAAAGCAACGGUGGAACAUUGUUUGAUGACGACGAUGAUGACGAUGAUGGGAUAGGACAGCGCAAGAGCCGCAAGAGUGCCAACAACAGCGGCUCCGGUGGCAGCGUGCACAGCAAAUUGCUCAAGGCAGCAGAGUACCAUGACGACACUUCCUCCGAGGACGAAAUCUACAACACCCGCAACUGGAAAAGCAGUGCAAAGUCGAUCUAAUCUGCACUCGCGGCAUUGACGUUCGAAGACCUCUCCUUGUCACCAUCUCUGGCGCCAGUGGAGCUCCCAGACUCCCAGUGUUCUUACCGAGGUGGCAGCAAGGAGCGCCAAUCGAAAUGCCCGGAUGCUACAUGCUCAGCUGCCAUAGGCAGGGACUGUGUGAUUUUGGCAACCAGAUGCUUCCAGAGCUUUCCUGAAUUUUAAUCUUUACUUACUUCGAGAAGAGGAUGUGAAGCGACAUGGUAUGUAGCCUUGAAGCCUGCUUGCACGGACAGCGGGAGGAAUUUGACCAGCAUAUGGUAAAGCAGAGCAACAGUUCACAUACGCAUGUGGAGGUGCUGUCUUAACUUUUUAAGUCAUAAAGCUGCAAAGUGGGCAUGUGCUAUAGAACUGGAAAGCUCUCUGCCUGCACCUCCAAGUGCAGCGUGUGCAUCUUCGUAACUAGUGGGAUGCUCGGCUACGAGAGAAUUUGGCAUUCUUGGCUUUGAAUUGGAAAAAUAAGGCUGUUAGCAGCUGUACAUGUGUCUGUAGAUAUGGUAGGGAUAGUUUCCACAUGCGGCUUUUUCUUUUCGCUGAAUUAUUUACGAAAGCAGGCUUCCAGGAGCAAAGUCGCUUGGGCAAAAGCAAACUAAUAUGGGAGAGGUGCUUCUGGUUUCAUUCCAUCUACCACCAUAAACACAUUGCAAGCACGGUGCACGUGAGGGGUCAAGUGAAUGUUCUGCAUGGAUGUGAAACUGAGCACUGCCAGUACUAUAGCAGAGGUUCAACCCUGGACAUCGUUACGCUGUCAAUAAGCGACAAGCACUUAUGCAGCCAUGAUACCUUAACUGACUGACAGUGCUAAAAGAAUUCUGUUGUGUACUGGUAAUGAACAGCUGUAAAUUGAAGUGUGUAGGCUUACGUUGAACAAACAAGUGUAUUAGAUUAGUUUGACAUUUGAAUAUACAGCUGUCCAACAUUUUAUACCAAGGUCGCUUGGGUAGUGCUGGCAUAUUUUAACACUUUUUUACGACGGUGCAAUCACUUUUAUUUUGUAACCUUGUUUUUUA